AUGUCUCGAGACAUCAACGAGACACUAAUAUCGGGUACAACGAAAGGACCACAUGUUACCAAAGUACCUUUAGAGCCCAUUUCCAGACUGGUACCCUUCAGUGCCUUGAUCAUUUGUAUCAUCUUCGUCAACUACUUUUUGAUCCGGUACUACGUCCUCGAAGGCUUCUUGCUCAAGAAAGUCUAUGGCAACUUAUACACACAGAUGAACGAGACAGCAAGGAGAGGGUUCGUCAAUCAUCAUAUCGCUGGGGCGACGAAGCUGUUGAUCCUGGUUCUGGCGGCAUAUCCCUUCAUCGAUGUGGCUUUUGGGACAGCUACCUUCAAGUCCUCAUUUGCCGGUUCGAAACAUGUCACCCAGGGUGAUAUCUUGGUUGUUGUGACUCAAAUGCUCAUUGCGAUGUAUGUCUUCGAAUUAUUCUACCGACCAAAAAUAUCUCCAGUCAGUGUUGCGCAUCACAUUGGGACAAUCAUGAUCGGCCAGACUGCAAUUGCAAUAAGUUUAAAUCUCGUGAGAGAAAAGGACGCUACCAUUGAAUUCAUUCUCUGCACGGUGUGGGGUGCAUUCGACAUAAUCUCCGAAUUUCUUCCUCACAUAGCUAUCAUCCUAUACCGGGUAUACCCAACUUCGCACAGGUUUCUCUACAAGGUAUUCCGUUUAGCGUGCAUUACAACUAUUGUUGGGACGCUGGCCGAAACGAUCCUCACCAUGUAUCUCUUCGGCAGUCUCUGGACCCGCUGGACAAUUGCUUUCAAGGUCACAACACCUAUGCUCCACGUCCUCUUCUCUUCAGCUCAGUUGUGGGGAAGUUACAAUUUAUACCGGAUGUACAAGAGGCAAGAACGCCUGUUAGCGGAAUUGGAAGGGGAUGUGGACGAUACAGAAGCCGGAUCCAAGGCAGAGGAUACUAAGGACCGAGAGAUUGUUAAGCCGAAUGAAGAGGCACACCAAUCGUCAGAUGCCAUGUCUCAUUACGGCUCAGACAUUGAGCUGCCGGAUCAGGAUUGCCUGAGAGGGUCGAAAAAGCCUUGA